GUAGGCGGGGCAGUUGUAGUUUGUACUCCUGUAGUUGUAGGUGGGGCAGUUGUAGUUGGUACUCCUGCAGUUGUAGGUGGGGCAGUUGUAGUUGGUACUCCUGCAGUUGUAGGUGGGGCAGUUGUAGUUGGUACUGCUGUAGUUGUAGGUGGGGCAGUUGCAGUUGGUACUCCUGUAGUUGUAGGUGAGGCAGUUGUAGAUGGUACCACUGUAGUUGUAGGUGAGGCAGUUGUAGUUGGUACUCCUGUAGUUGUAGGUGGGACAGAUGCAGUUGGUACUUCUGUAGUUGUACGUGGGGCA